GCGCGCCCAGGACUGGGGAGGAGAGAGAAGAGGGGAAGGGGUGAACACGAGGGGCGGGGAACGCGGCGGAGCCGCAGAGAGCGCGCGGUAGGCGCGCGCGCGCGCGGCCCCCGGGCUCCCCUUUUUGUGUGUCCUCGCUCCCGGCGGCGGCGGCGGCGGCGGCGGCUGCGGCGGGAUGGAGGAGCUAAGCAGCGUCGGGGAGCAGGUCUUCGCCGCCGAGUGCAUCCUGAGCAAGCGGCUCCGUAAGGGGAAGCUGGAGUACCUGGUGAAGUGGCGAGGAUGGUCCUCCAAACACAACAGCUGGGAGCCAGAGGAAAAUAUCCUUGAUCCAAGACUGCUCCUAGCCUUCCAGAAGAAGGAGCAUGAUAAGGAGGUGCAGAACCGGAAGAGAGGCAAGCGUCCGAGGGGCAGACCAAGGAAGCAUGUGGUGGUGUCAGCUUGUAGCAGGCGCUCCAAGAUCAAGGAACCAGAUAUGCCAUCAAAAUCCAAAUCCAGCAGUUCUUCUUCUUCCUCUACCUCUUCUUCCUCCUCUGAUGAAGAUGAUGAUAGUGACUUGGAGGCUAAAAGAGGUCCCCGGGGCCGAGAGACCCAUCCAGUACCUCAGAAAAAAGCUCAGAUCUUGGUGGCCAAACCUGAGGUGAAGGAUCCCAUCAGAAAAAAGAGGGGUCGAAAGCCUCUUCCCCCAGAACAAAAGGCAGCCAGGAGACCUGUGAGUCUGCCAAAAGGGCUAAAAACUACCCGAAAGGAUUUGGGACCAUCAAGCAAACUGCCAUCCUCACUUACUGCCCCUGUGACAAGCCUCGCUGCCCUCAAAGCCCAUGCCAAGGAGACAUCUGGUGGCCCCAGUGGCUCAUCUGCCACUGAAAACUAUACUAGCCUGAUGAAGGGCAUGACUGACAGCCCCAACCAAGGAAGUAUCAGCUGGCAGAGCUCCAUCAUGCACUACAUGAAUAGAAUGACACAGAGCCAAGCUGAGGCACCCAACAGAUUGGCACUGAAAGCCCAGGCCUCUAAUAAGUGUGGCUUGGGACUGGACCUGAAAGUAAGAAACCAGAAGGGGGAGCUAGGACUCAACAUGCCAGGAGCCAGAGCUGUUACAGCCCCUAGCUCUGGGAGUGCUGAACAGAAGUCGGGUAGGACCCCAAGCCUACACAAUGGAGGCAAAGUAGGACUGACCUCCAUUGGCACUCAACCAGCUUCAAACCAAGAGCUGAACCUCCAGGCCUUGAACUUGCAGAGCAUGAAAAAUGGAGCUACAGGGGGUGCUGUGCUUCCCUUAUAUCCCUCAGCUGCCAACCUGAAGACCACCAGUAAUAUCAGUCCCUCUAUUGGCAAAGGAGUGGGGAGUGGUACCCCCAGAGGGACUGGAGUUCUCCCUGAUACCAACAAAGGUGAGAAACUGGUAGCAAGGGGUGCAGUUGUUGCCACCCCUGGAAACAAGAGGGACACAAUGAAAAGCAAUUCCAAACCCACUGGGCAGGAGAGCCACCUGGUCACAGGUGAGACCCGAAAGACAACAGCCCUGUCCGAGAUGAGCACCGGUGAGGAGAGUAGUAGCACUGACUCAGAACGGGACUCUGCCUCUUUCUCAGGCACCACGGGACAAAACCUGUCUGUCUCCAUUCAAACCAGCCAGGACUGGAAGCCAACCCGAAGCCUUAUUGAGCAUGUCUUUGUCACAGAUGUAACUGCAAACCUUAUCACAGUCACUGUGAAAGAGUCCCCGACCAGUGUUGGCUUUUUCAACCUGAGACAUUACUGAAGCUGUCAGCCUGUCUUAUGUACAAUCCAGGUGCCAGGGUCUCUUCUCCUCCAAGUGGACCUCUUAGCCUUUCAUAGUAUCCUCUUUUUGAUUUUUUUUUUUGUCAUGGUAUCUGUUUUUUUAAGUGACCCAUAGCCUGCCCAAAGGAAGACAGAGCUGGGAAGGUAGAGCUGAGAUUUCAGUCUUUGUUACUUCCUUUGAAUUAGUAAACAUAUAGGGGAUUCAAUCAGGCACCACCCUGACCUUUAUUCCAGCCUAUGUGUGUAUAUAAAACAUGGAUGGAUGCAUUAAGGAAAGGGGACCAAAUCUCCAGUUCCUUGUUGUUAUUUAGUAUGACCUAGAUAGACCUAUGUGACAGGUGGGUAGUGCUUGCUUCAGCUUCUGCUGGCUGAUUUAGACACCACCACCCCACCACCCCUUCAUUUAUUCAGUCAGUUGAUGGGAAAGUGGGUUGGGCCAAAUGGCUCUGGAUGAGUGGCUGUCUUAGGAAAGAAACAGGUUCUUAAGAAUGUUUCAUUUUCUCUGUGUUUGUUGUCUGCCCUGCUUCUCUUGCCACCACAUGGCAACAGUGAACUUUAUCCAGUUACCUAAGAGCAAAGGAGGUUAAUUUGUCAUGCAGUCUUCUCCUUGUGUGGGUUAACCAUUCCAGUCCCCAAGAUGGGAACAUCCUUUUAUACGGUCCUUUAUCUCUUGAAGAGACCUCGUGGGACUGCUUGGUGUUGUUUUACAUUGCUUUAUGCUGGUGUCAGUCUAGAAGGUGCGAUAGGUGGGUGAGCGAGCCUAGAGGCCUCAUGUGAUCUCUUUUCUCCUCAAAGUAGCAGUCAAAGUCACAGAGGCAAGUGAGGAAUUUGCUGUGACUAACCUUGCUCCUACGUAUCUGAAAGCUAGGGACCGUGACCCGAGAGUAGAAUGAAGUAUAUUGAAAGGAACGUGGCGGAGUGUCCCUAGGAUAGGGUAUCUCCUUUUCUCUUUCUGUGGCCUCAGCCCCGAGUUAACUGCUACAAUAUCCCCCAUCCCCAAACCAUUUCCUGUUGGUGAACAUUAGCCAAGAAACCUUCAAGAAAGUGCUAGGAGCAAUGAACAUUAAGAGCUCUUGUCCUGUGUAGUUCUAGAUGACACCCUCUGUCUACUCAUUUCACCUUAAAGUUAUUCUUGAGUUUCCUGGGUUAAUGACUGAGUAGAAAGAGGGAAUAGGUUCAUUUCAGUCAACACUUGCACUGAUCCUGGAUCUUAGAUUUAGAAGUAUGUUUAUGAGGAUUUUUUCUCAAUAGGGUACGUGGAUGAACUCCCCCCCCAAAAAAAGUGACCGAUCCUUUUUUUCUUGAUAUGAAAAGGAUGACCCAAAGGGUCCCAGUCACUUGGUCACAUUAAUUGCCCCCAAGAGCCACUAAGAGAAUCUACAACUAAUCAGUUCUGGAAAUGGAUGUUUUGUUGAGAUACAUCCCCGCUGUUGUACAGAUGUGCAGUACUAACAUCCUUUCUGUCCAUGUUUUGGGUGUUGUGGUGUGCUUAUGAGGUGAUAAGCUUGUAAAGGGCCACUGGCUAGGUUAGUGGGAGGUGUUUCAGGUCGUCUGUUAACCUGCCUGUGUGCUCUGGGGUGUUCUGCCCCCUUUACGAAACUGGCAGUAUAAUCCUUUCCCAGAUUGGGAAAUUGGGACCAAACACAAAAGAGGCUUAAUGCUACCACCAUGGCUGGUUCAUCUUCUUUCAAUGUAGAUGUAGGACAAGGGGGUGGUAUAGAUAAGGAUGGGACAUCAUCCUUAAAAAUACUGAACAAAUUUCCAGAAGGUCUAGCUACUGGGCAGUUUCCAGGUGCUCAGCCUUCUGUUCUCUCUUUUUUGUAGAGAAGUGCAAACUCCACAAGCUAUUUAUCCUGUUGAUCCUUGGGGGACUACCAAUUUACGAUAAGUAAGGAUUAAGAUACUGACUUAUUCCUGAAAGAGGCAUGAUAAUACCUUGCUGCUUCCAAAACUAGUCCAUUUCUCAGAUAUAAUGUCUAAGAUUUAAGAAGAGUAGGUUCUUAUUGUAGUAGUUGCCUAACGGCCUGAAAGUAACUCCUUUGGGUCUUUUUGAUACCAAAAAAAAGAAGAAAAAAUAAUCUUUUCCUGCUUGUGUUUUCACUGUUACAAUGUGAAAUCAGCCAAAUGAAACUUUCUUUUGGGAAAAGAAGGGGCCAGUGAUAUUGAGGCUGGGGGGAGUCAGGGGAGUCAGUUCUUCAUCCAGGUUACCUCCUUUAAAUAGCCCAAAGUGGCCUUUAUCCAGGAAUAGUUGGAAUGGCUGCCUAAUCAAGAGAGUGAUUUGUCUGGGGAAGCAUGACCCUCAGCCAGGGACUCCUUCCUUGAUGCUCUUACCCCAUAUGCCAAAUACUUAGAAGUUGGCCUUUAUUGUAUUAGAAUACAUACUUGUGGUGCCUUUUGGGGGGGGGUAACUGGUUUUCAAGUCUGUUGGAAGCAAGGUGGGGCAGGAGAAUGGAAGAGGGACCUCUUUCAAGACCUUUCUUACCUAGCUCUUGAGAAUAGCAUGAAGCUGCCUCAUUUGGUGUUCCUUCCAGUGGAAAAAGAAGUGGUACUUGCUUACCUGGAAUCUGGAGGCUCCCUCCCUAGAGUGCUGAGAUUUCUGAGAGGAGAAGCUUCUCAUUAUUCCAUCUGGGUAUUAUAUGGGAAUAUAUGCACUUUCUACUACUAGAAUGGCUUAAAAGAGAGCCAACUUGCAUGGUCCAGCAUAGCAUGAGAAAGGAGGAAUGGAUCUGGGAGAGUAGUAAAGCUAACUUCAAAUUAGUUUAUGGUUCCUAGGACUGGGUCCUCCUAGUAGUUCUCUGUUCCCAUCACAUCCUCCUAAACAGGCCUCCAAAUACCCUGCAUGUGAUGGCAUUCUUUGGAUGUCACUGCUUGCUUCUGAGUCACCUCUUUAGCAAGCAAACUGCUGGUAGCAGAGCCCCCAGUCCCCUUCCCCUACCCCCAUCCCCAAGACAGGAAGUUAAAGCUUCCAAGUUUCUCAGCCUGUUCCCACCAAGCACUUUCCUGCCUUUCAGUCUAAGUAAAGCAGAGGCUCUGGGCUGACAGUAGGGAGUUCUAAUUGUGAUCGUUAGUAAAUGAGGACUGCAGGUAUUAGAAGCAAGUGUGUUUGUCCCUGGGUGUCUUGUCUGAUUUGGGAAGGCUCUCAUACACAGCAUUAAGACUUUUUUUCCCCAAACUAUGAUGUUGUGCCUUUCUGUUAACUAGCUAUUUCAAAUCCAAAGUUGAAUCAGGAAACACCUUAUUUCUAACCAGUUCUGUUUUUUUCCCCCCUUUUUCUUAAAAUUUCAACCUUACGUGUUUUUGUUUUACUCCCAGUGGCUCAUAUAUGAAAGAGAUGUGUUUGUUCGCACAUUUGAAAGACACUUCUCUAAAUAAUUGUGCAUUUUAUUUUACCUGUGUUGGACAGAUUUUCAGAGCUGGUGUCAUAUGUUUACCAGUAAACAAAACUAGUGUUUAGCAGUGUACCUUCCCCCCCAAAAAAAUUUGCUGCUAUGUUUUUUGUGUGUGCGCACAUGUGUAUAGCUAGGUGUCAAUCAAAACAUCUGAUUUAAGGUUUGUUGCUACUUUUUACUUCUAAGGGUUUCCUAAGCAAAUUAAUGACAGUAUUUGUAUAUUGAAUGGAUAUCUUUAUCCUGUUUUUGCCUCUUAUUUUUUAUUAGACAGGAAGAUUUGGUCAAUUUUGUCAUCUUCCUUAGAGGUUUCGUAUAUAUUUUUAUAUAUAUAUAUAUUUUGUACCAAAAAGAGUGUUCUUUUUUUUGUUACACUCAGAUUCUGAUAGAUAUGAAGGGCUGUGGCCUGAAGGUUUUGUUAAAAGAAAAUUUUGUUUGUAAUGGGGGGUGGGGAAGAACAAAAGAAAGAACUGUUCUUGUAACUGUGCCAGUGAUUGGCUUGAUUUGUGUGUGUGUUUUUUUCUUAAUUUAAAAAAAGAAAAAGCCAAAUCAUUCAUGUAUGCCACUUCUAAUUGCUUUAAACUACAGCUGUUUGCUUUUAGAAAACAGAACAAAAGUGGAUAUGUUAUUACUAUGGAAAAGCUUAAGGUCUUUGUUGAAACAGGACAGCAGCCCAGCCCAAAUAUUAAAUCAAAACCAACUAGUGGGGGAAAUGUGCCUUUCCGUUCCCCCUCCUCCAUACCCCCAAGGAAGCCCAUAGUGGUUUGGGGAAUUUAGGGAGAAAGUUGUAUUCAGAUGCCUAAAUCAUUUUCUUGUUUGCAUCUCAUGGUUGUGUGUGUUUUCUAGUGUUUUGGGAAAACUAACACUAUAGCAUAGAUUACAUAUUUUUUUAGACUGCUCUUAAUUUAUUUUACAGGGAAAGAAAACGCUAGCAAAUGGUGUCAUUUGGUUUUGUACAACUUUUUUAUUAAUAAGUUAGUAUAUCAAUAAAAAUUUAACUUUUCAA